UAUGGACUCGACUGUGUGUAUAUAUUAAACUUAACCUGUGAGACGUUAUGUUAUGAAAAAAUGUUCGGCAGAUUGAUCUCGGGCAUAUUUCAGUCUUUGCCGCAGGCUUCAAACCAGCUUUCAUCAGCAGUGACUGCGACAUCUGUAUGGAGCCCAUGGGGUUUAACAUUUGUGAGAAACAGAAUGAGAUAUCACUUUCCUCACGCUAAUGAAAGAAAACGAAUAAAAAAGCAUGGCUGGUUGACGAGGAUGUCAACACCAAAUGGUAGGAAAAUUCUUCAAAGAAGAAUCUUAAAGGGCAAACAUGUGCUGUCUCAUUAAUCAUUAUGUUAUC